AGCUCAAUACAAAUUGAACUGUCAAUAACACAUCAGAAAAUAAAGAGAAUAAAGAAAACGGAAAAAAGAAAAAUAAUAAUACAACUAGUUCAAGUUGCACAUAAAAAGUGAAAGCCACACAAAAGGUGGAUUUGUAGAGUAUAAAUCAUGAGCGAGGAUCAUGAUAAUGAUGACUAUGAUCGAGAAGAUUUGGAGCACGUGGAAAAUUUACUCUAUGCAAAUAUUCAUUAUAAUACGGGAUACGAUGAAAAUCAAUCGACUGCAUCGAAUAACGGUAACAAUGAUGAUAACACACUGACUGAAUUGGACCGAUCAAAUGGUUCAGCGGCACGACGAAAUGCCAAACGAUACUGGAGCACAAAUACCCCAAACAAUAGGGCUGCAUCGAAUUUUAAGCCAUUUCACAAGGAAAAACAGUCGGGCAUUUACAAAACGGGUAAAGUUACGACCAAAGAUGUGAAUGAAAGCGCACCUGAUGAUGCCAAAAAUAAUGAAAAUCGUGAUGGUAUCAGUAAUGCACCAACAACUGUUACACCCAAACAAUUUACACCGUACAUAUCGUUUUUACCAUUUAACGAUUCCACUGCUAAUGAAGAGCAAACGCAAUCACCAUCACCAUCACCGGUGGCCAGUACAAGUAAACAAAGUGAACCCAAAUCAACUGUAUUGAACACAAAUAAUGAUUUGAUUCGUAAAAAUUUAACAGUCACACACAUAAAUCCAUUCAGCAAAAAAGGCACGAUUGAACAAUACAAAAAUUUAUUAAGCGAAGAUGAUUCGAUCGUAAGUGUAGCGAAUAAAACUCUUCUAAAUAAAAAACGAUUGAAUCCGUUCAAUCCACUGUCGAGAAAGGCGAAAAAGAAGAAAUCAGAUACGAAAAGUGUACGCAAAAAUCGCGAAGAGUUAAAACAACUGGCUGCAAAUGCCGACGUUAUCGAUGUAGACGAUGCAGAUAAAGAUGAUGACGAUGUCAUUAUACUGCCAACACAGAAACCACCAUUGAUUUGCCUUGACAGUUCGGACGAUGAAGAAAGCAAUGCAACUAAUGUCGCAGAGCAUGCAUUCACCGAACCAAAUGCCGUUAGUGAUAAUCGUCGUAAAAUGCCACGCUGUUCAAGCCCAUCCAGUUCAAUUCAAUCGACCGAUGAUUUUAUUGCACAAAAUGACCAAAGAACAUUUGGCUUUGACACAUUUGCAACACUUUCGGAUGAAGAUCUUUGUCAUGUGAGUGAAACGGUUGAAAAUCAAUUGACUCAUAACAAAACGUCAGAAAGUACAUCAAGCAAACGAACGCCCAUUCCAACUAAUAAUGACAAUGCGAUUUUCACACCACCAAAACAAAUGCAAAAAGAUAAAAACAAAGCCAAGAAAUCAUAUGAAGUUGGUGCCAACAGUUUUACUGCCGUCGAUGUAUACGAAUCGGAAAGUUCAGAUAUGCCAGAUUCAAUUUAUGCAAAAGGCACAUCGAAUAAACGAAAGAAAUUGUCUGAUUCGGAUAGCAGUAGUGUGGAAAGUAUAACGAUUCCAAAAUCGAAACGUUUGCGAAAACGAAAAAAGAGUUCGGGCAGCGCUAAAGAAUCGGAUCACAAAUACUCCGAUGAAUCUAGCUCCGAUUUACCCGAAAUGGAUGAUGACACCGAUGACGAUGAGGACGAGGUGUCGAAUGAAAUUUCAUAUUUGGUGCGUGGUGAAGCGCUUGGAAAAGUGAAAAAUUCCAAUAAGAAAAAAUCGACAAAGCCCAAUAAAAACACGAACGAAAACCGAUCGGAAAAUGAUUUUAUAAAUAAAUUGUCGAGCAUCGUUCGUGGUCAAGAUGAAAGUGACAAUGAUGAACUGGAAAGUACACAAGAAACACCAACUGAAACGAUUGAGGCACGUGACAUUGUUGAAACUGUGUUGCAACGCAGAACAAAGAAAUCGAAAAAGAAUCAAACUGUUGAAGCCGAAACUGUUGCACCAGAAAAUGAAAAAACGAACCCAUGGGAGGUUACGGAUCAAGUAGGCGAAACGGACGAUUUGAAUUUGGGUCGAAUAUUUACGGAUAUUAAUGGUGAAAGUGAUCAAGUGGUAUCGGAUGACGCAAAAUCGGAAAAUACAAAAUCAGACUCGGCACAAAAAACAACACCAGCAAAUGAAUCAAAUGAAAAUGUGACCGAAAAUGAAACUAAUCAAAAUGAAGAUGACAGCGAAGUGUCUGAGUUUGAUCUAGAAAGUGGGUGGAAUGAUGAGAUGAGACGAUUCUACAAUGAUUCAUGGGGUGGUGAAACGUUCAGCAUGAGAAACAUUCGUGCUCGAAUGCAAAGAGGCUACCUCAACUGGAUGAUUACAAACAAAGAUAAAUUUCCAGGGUCCAGUUAUAAUAGGGGUCGUCAAUAUCGUUGCCUAAAUUGCCAGGAAAAGGGCCAUUUGGCCAAAAACUGUCCACGACCACCAGCAAAAAAGAUUUGUCACAUGUGCGGUGUGGAAGGUCAUCUUGAGCCAAAGUGCCCAAAUACAAUUUGUCUAAGCUGUGGUAAUAAGGCACAACGAUAUUUUCGGGGUUGUCAAAAUUGUUCACGCGAACGAAUGUUGGUUUGUUUUGGAUGUAAUCAAAAAGGUCACCGGGAAAUAUUUUGUCCAGAUCGAUGGCGUAGAUAUCAUUCAACGACUACCUUAGAUCAGCCAUUGGUUGAAGAGCCAAGGUCAUCGAAAAAUCCGCCAAAGCGCAAAUAUUGUUGCAUCUGUGCCACUGAAGGUCACUACGCCGAUACAUGCAAAAAAUCAAAUGAUAUACGUGGUCGAUGGCCAACAAAAUGGAAUGUACAUAUAAGCAGCUAUCGUCCAUUAUUAUUUUCGAAAAACCAGGAUCAACAGAUGAAGCCGAAAUACACAAUCCUAGCAUCUGACUUGAAUGAUUAUGGUUUUAACUUUGGAAACGAGGUAAUAACGACUGGAAAUACAUUCUAUAACCGAUUCCAACGGGCAGUCAAAUUAGAUACAAAUCUGAACAAAAGCACAUCUUCCGAAAAUGAUGUGCUGUUUGUGAAUGAAACGAAUUUACACAGCACCAAUGGUCCUACAAUCGAAAUUGUUGAUGAUGCUGAUUUCGAAAUGUCGGGACUUGAAGAUGUUAGUGCUUCUGAGGAAUUUUCAGAAAAUACACAAGAUGAUAGUUUCAUGACCAUCGACGACGUGCAGGAUGAAGAAGACAAAGAAGCCAAAGAAGAACAUGAAGUUGAAGAGCUUACAGUUUCCAAUGAAACGGAAAAUGCUCAGCCCAAAAACGAUAAUACUGUGGUUUCAGCCAAAAAAGAUGUUGAAAUUGAGAUAUUGAAUGAUAAAAUCCACACUCUUGAAGAACUACGAGAGAAAAUGUUGUUGCAUAAGUCAAAUGCUGUGGAGGAAGAUGAGAGCAGUGAUCAAAACACAACCACCGAGAGUGAAUCAACGAUUUCUGAGCGAGCAAAUGAUAUUGUUACAACUGCAUCCAUUUUACCUGAUUUCAUAUCGUUGACAAACGAUGAACCAGACAAAUAUAAGCCAACACGAUCACCAUCGCCCAUUUCGGCCGAUUCAACGACAAAUGCCAAUGAAAAAAGUGAUGCCACAAUCCAUCUCACCCAAAAACACUGCAAACAUUUGCUAUCGGAUAGUGGACAUCAAUUUUUACGUGACAGUGAAACCCAGUUCAAUGUAUCGGUACGUUUGGAAUGGCGACAAUUUGGAAAUGUUUUGAUUGUCAAUGGUAUCGCAAGUGAUCAACAAAAUUUUCAUAAUGUUUUAAAGCAAUUCUUUAAUACAAUUGAAGUGUCGAAAAAAUCAAGCAGUAUCGUUCAACUACCAAAAAAUCGUGUCACAUUGAUCAAUUUUGUUCGGAAUCAAUUGGCUAUAUUGGAUUCACCAACAUGCAAUGUUAGUAGACUAUGUGAUGUUCAUACGAUUUUUCAUCGAAUACGCGCAACCGAAAAGAAUCCAUCGAAGGCAAACGUUAAAAAAAUUGGUAACUUGCGUAAACACUUAAACAUGAUCAUAUUCGGACGAUAUGGCUUGGGCGAUGGAAAGCGUCAUUUGUUUGAUUUGCAAGAAUGUGUACGUGUCAUUAGUCAAGAGACAGCAACAAAUGUAUCCAUGGAAAUGCGUCAAAGAAUGAGUGAACACAUUGAUUACAUUUUCUCCAGCAACGAGCACACAAAUUAUGCCGAUAUGAUUGACCAAUAUACUCAAUUGAAACGGGACAAAGCAUUGCCACCAUUACUUUUGGAUCGAAAACUAUUGGGUCUUAAAAUCAAUGUCUACCAUCCAUCAGAUGCAAAUGGUUCGAAUAACACAAGAAAGAAUUCUUACACAAAUUCACCACAUUCACAAACUUACGACAAAGGAAUGGAAUCAUCAACGUCAAGUAAUUCAAAGAGUGAAAACAAUAAGACAAACAACAAAUCACAUUCAAUGCUCGAUAUUCAGAUCAAUGUUUCAACACCAUCUACGUCAUAUCAUCAAAACGAAACGAUGCAUCGUAGCAACAGUUUCUCGUCCAAUCGGGAUCGACCGCUUGACAAGUGGAAAUAUUAGUUUAUAGUGCUGUUAACAUAAGUAGACAAAAUGUUCCCGAAUAUUUAAAAGUUUGAUACUUAUUGGAUUGAAACAUUUACAAAAUGCAACAUAUUCUUUUGGUAUUUAAAAUUGAGCAAAAAGUGAUUAUAACAAUAAAAAAAAACAAGCUAAUCUUUGAAAACAA